AAUCCCAAACCACCGAAACUUUAAAACGCAGCCUGAAGGGAACGGAGCGGCAUUCACAGACACCUCGAAACCCGUGCUUGAAUGCCUGCUGAUUUAAGUUGAAUUCGAGCCUUGUUUUCCGGCGAGGGCAUCGGAAGAGGAGUUGCGUGUAAUUAAAGAGACUUUGUACCUGCCCAUUUGGAGUCUAAUUUACAUAUCAAAGAUCUAUAAACAGGAGCAGGCUUUCCUCUGGGGCAGAGCAAGAAUGGCGGCGUUGCGCUUUCAAGCUGCUUCACUAGUGGCUUCACCUUGUUAUCCGAAUGCUGUUGCUUGGUCUGAAGAGAACUUGGUUGCAGUUGCUUGCGGGCAUGUUGUGACUAUUUUGACUCCAAACAUGCCUUUUGGACCUCGAGGCCUUAUUACAGUACCACCAAGCCAACCUUUUCAAAUUGGAGUAAUAGACAAGGAAGAUUUGCUCAGUGGUUGCAUGCAACCCAUUAGUUUUCAUAGAGAUACCAGUCCUUGUGUUCGGUCUAUCUCCUGGUCUCCCACUGGAUUAGCGCCAAACUCAGGAUGCUUGCUUGCUGUUUGUACCACUGAAGGACGAGUGAAGCUUUACCGUUUUCCUUUCUAUGACUUCUCCGCCGAGUGGGUUGAGAUCUUGGAUAUUUCUGAGAAGCUGUACAAGUAUUUACUGGAUGUCAAUUUCUGGGAGUCGGAUGUUUACUCGGAGCUUUUUAAUGAGAGAGCAAGUGAACUCGGGAAAGAUCAUGAUGUUGAUACUUCGACCCCUGUGAUGAGAAAAAACCCUAAACGAAAAAGGCGUAAUGACAUAGCAGUGAGUGAUUCUGCAAAUGAUAUUACUGAAGUCUCAAGUUUUCCAUGCUCGCUUGCAAUUGAAGGUUCAUCUAUAGAGGCUCUUAAAGCCCCUGAUGACAAGCUGAAAAGUAGGUCUCUUCAAAUUGUUUGCAUGCCUAAAUCUAAAACAAAGAGUAAGAAAAGAGUGCCAGAAACGCAUAACGUCGCCUUAAUAUCAGCUGAUAAAUAUGCUUCACGCAGCUCAAUGCUAGCUUCAGUUGUUGUUUCCUGGUCACCACUUUUACAAACAUCCGAGUAUAGAUUAUCGUCACCAGAUGAUUCGUGUGACUGUUGUUCGAUACUUGCAAUUGGAGGAAAAUCGGGCAUGAUUUCGUUCUGGAAAAUCAAUAAACCACAACACUAUUCUAUUAUAAACAACACAUAUACCAAUGAUGUACAGCUCGUUGGAAUUCUCCAUGCACAUAUGUCUUGGGUCACUACAAUGAAUUGGGCAGUGUCUGUUUCUGAUGCUUCUAAUCAUCAGCUUCUCUUAGCUACAGGAAGUUCGGAUGGGAGUGUCAAGAUUUGGCACUGUUAUAGUGCGGAAUUGCUGAAGCCAUCCAAAACUAGUUCUGCCUCCUUCUCCCUAUUUCACGAGCUCAUAUCCGUGGAUUCUGUUCCAGUUUCUACACUUUCUCUUACUGUGCCCAUAGCCUCUGCGGAAAAAAUUCUUCUAGCGGUUGGCAAAGGUUCUGGAGCUUUAGAAGUGUGGAAAUGUGACAUAUCUACCAGAAAAUUUCAUAAAGUUGGUUCUGAUGAUUUACAUGGGCAUGUUGUAACAGGAAUCGCAUGGGCAUUCGAUGGAAACUGUUUGUACAGCUGCAACCAGGAUGAUUCUUUUCACUGCUGGACUCUAAAUGGAGAUUCCUUAUGCAAAGUAACUUUACCUUCAAAUACUCCUGGUGUGGAGAGCUCUACUGAUGUCCCAAAUGCAUUCGAUUCAUGUUUUGGUCUAGCAUUAUCCCCUGGAAAUCUGGUAGUUGCUGUGGCUCGUCGUUUUGAUGCAGGUCUAUUAGAUCCAAUGUACCAGUUAAGGUCUCAGAAAGCAGCUGUCGAGUUCUUUUGGACCGGUGGUCAACAACUUGAUAAGUUACUAAAAAAAUGUUCAGACUUCGACGGUGAAGCUUUUUCUGGGUUUUCUACGAGAGAAUUGAUAAAUUGGGAUUUUAACAUAAUGUGCUCCCUCAGUCAACAUGAACAUUUGAACAAGCCUGUGGUUAUUUGGGAUGUGGUGGCAGCAUUGUUGGCAUUCAAGCAAUUUGCUCCUAUAUAUGUAGAUCACAUACUAGCCAAGUGGCUAAGGUCUUAUGUGGGAUCCAACUUGGAAAAUGCUCCUCUUCAAAAAGUCGUCUCUAAAUACCUCUCUAAUAUUACCACCCGUCGGCUGCACUUUUUGAACAUCAUCAUUAGGCGUGUAAUACUUGCAGAUAUGAAGGCAGAUAAAGUCAAUGAAGAAAAUCAGAGCUUUGUAGCUGAACCUGGAAAGGGACAAAUGGGUUUGUGGUUGAAGCUUCUAAAGAGCAGUGAAAAAGAACUCCGGGAAAGGCUCAUUUAUUGCAGUUUCUCCAUCGUUAUUAACUUAGUGUCUCAAUCAUCAGAAAAUGUUAGUAAACUUGGAUACUGGCAGCCUGCUGGAUUGGCACAAAUGGAGAACUGGGUUAAUUCUCAACAGGCCCAUAUCAGGAAUUCCCUUAAAGUACUUAAAUCGGAAUUUAAGAAGAUUAAAAAGAGCAAGCUUUGCUCAGUCGGUAAAUAUACAGCGAAGGAGCAAUGCAGCUACUGUUCAGCACCUGUUCCAUUUGAAUCUGCAGAAGCUUCUUUCUGUCAAGGUACAGAAUGCGAGAAUGGAGUUGUACAGAAACACAAACUGACACGCUGUGCUGCCUCUAUGAUCGUUAAUGAUAUCACUCCAACAUGGUUUUGUGUGUGCUGUAACAGACGGUCUUCAAAAUUUGCACCAAGGGCACUAUUUUCAAUGCUCCAAUAUCCUAGUGACCUUAGUAAAGACCCAAAAAUUACAACCCUCCGACCAUCAUCGACACCCAUGUGUGUAUUUUGUGGUAUACUACUACAGAGAUUACAACCGGAAUUUCUUCUAGCAGCUUCACCUGUAUAAACUAUAAACAUGUUAGAACGGUAUUUAUUUUUGUUGUAUAUUAAUACAAGUUAAUAUAUAUAGUAUAUGGUAAGUAGGUUCUGAAGUUCCAGAGUUGAGCAUUCUUUCAUUCUUUGCCUUCACCAAUGUGUUUGCUGGAAGUCAACUAAUGUAAGGUCAUGGUACCCACAGGCAUCCAAGGACAAGGUACAGCCAGAAGAAUUAAUACUUGUGGUCACACAUUAUUCAAGUGUCCCGGAGGAAGAUGUAAACAUUAAAUCUCAAGAUAUUCAUCUUUUUAUCAUCUGCUCCCAUGUUAGAUGAAUAAAAUGAAACUGACUUUUUUUGGUUUGAUUGAAAUACGUAUUGUUACUGUGUUCGUAUAUCCGAAGUCUGUACCGUUUGCUUUUAAUUCGAUACAUGCUUAAACAGCUACCACACAAGUUUAAUUGUUGUGCUUGGAUGGUGCACGACACCUUUACUAGAA